AUGCUUUUGGGAGUUCUUCAACUGAUUGAGCAUAUUUGUUUUAAAAAGAAAAAAAAUCGCCCUGCGAAACGAAGAAAAACUACUGUUACAAACCCAAAACCGAAGGGCAAAGCUAAGGCCCAAACCCAGAAUAUAUCUCCAACUUCCACACAAACUCUAUCCCAAAAUUCUCCAAGAACAGAACCACCUCCGUCCCCUCCUAAAGAGGAAAAAAGAAUAAUUCCACAAGAAAUGAUCGACAACUAUGAACCAUGGGUUCUACCUACAGAACGAAAGCUCACAUGGGAGCAAGUUUAUAGUGAGUUAUAUUAUGGACCUCUUCGAAAAGCCGAUGAAGAGAGACGUAGACGAGAGGAAGAGCAAUUUAGACUGGCUCGAGAAACCGCAGAAACUAUUAAGAGACAACAAAAGCAACAAGAGAAAGAAGCCGAGGAUAAACGUCGUCGCGAUGCAGAGAUUCAAAAACUUCGUGCUGCUGCUAAAGCCAAAAGGCUUGAAGAGUGCAAGAAAGCACCAUUUGAUUUUUAUGGCCCUCUUAACGAGAUGAAUGAAUUUUAUCGAACGCAUGGCCAAUAUAUCGACCGCGGACAUAAGAAAAUUAGAGCAGAGUUUGGUCCACCAAUUCCUGAACUUCCCUAUACAGCAACCCAUAAUCCAACUCAUUUUAAUAUAGACCCACUUCAGACUCGUUUACUAAACAAAGCUCGAAAUCCGCCCAAGAGCCAAGACAAAGAUCAAAUGCAAUCAUUAUAUGUUUAUUCAAAAGUUUCAGGAUGCCAUAAAUCUACAUAG